CGAAGUAAGAAGCUGGAUUUAUGAUGGAUGCACAUGGUGAAAUGAAUAAAGAAGGCGAUUCAAAUUAUCCGAACUCUUACUCUAAGGAAGUUGAGGAAGCACUUUCUCGGCUUAAUUUAAAAUCGGACAGUUUAGACGAUCCUGAUUUUAAUGUUAUUUCUUAUAUUAAUGAAAGAUUUCCCAGCGAACAGUCACUGGCAAAUAUAGAUGAGUUAAUAGCUGAAGCGGAAGAUAAAAUUCGUGAGUUAGACGAUGAAACUAGAGAUCUACUACGUGGUCGCUGGCAAACAGAGGAUAAAGGACAAGCGACUGUUCAGGAUGCGAAACAUAUGAUAAAAGUAUUAUUCUCUAGAAUUUUCAGUAAAAAAGUCAUUGUGCACUUCAUCUUAUAGAAUACAGGAUGUUCAAGACCGAGCUACCAGAUCAGAAGAAAUGGUACAAGAUAUCACUCGGGAUAUACAGCAGCUUGAUCAAGCGAAGCGUAAUCUAACUGUUUCCAUAACUGCCCUAAAUAAUUUAAUACUUAUUGUAAACGCUGUUGAUCGUCUAAACGAAUUGCUUGGAAUACAAAGUCCAGCGAAUGACCCAAUGUUUCUGUCGAAGGAUAAUGACACGCAUAUCAGUACCCUUAAUCCAUUUCUAGAGCCUGACAC